GUCAGGAAAAUUGGGGAGGGGAGUUAUGGUAGCGUUUAUCUCCUGCACAAGAGAGAUACAAAGAGUGCAGUUGCUGUCAUGAAGAAAAUCAUGGUUAAGAGUGUCGAGAAUAAGGACCUCCGUGAUCUUGUAAAAGAAGCGAAGUUGCUGGAGAUGUUCAAUCAUCCUCACAUUGUCAAGCAUAUGGAGCAUUUCCUCAUGGACGAUUACCUCUGCAUCAUCACAGAAUAUUGCAACACGGGGGACUUGUCGAGCCUAAUAAGGAAGCGAAGAGUGGAAUCGAAAUUGAUCAAGGAGGACACGAUCUGGUCGUGGCUAGUUCAGCUUUCCUGCGCUCUCAAGCACAUCCAUGAUCGCAAGAUCCUCCACCGCGACAUCAAGUCUGCCAACGUCUUCCUCCACCGUCCCGACGAGAGGGGAAACGCCGUGAUCAAGCUCGGAGACUUUGGAAUCUCAAAAGUCCUGGAGGAGACGCAGGGGCUUGCUAAGACUGCAGUUGGAACGCCUUACUAUAUGAGCCCCGAGCUCUGCAGCGGCAAGUGUUAUGGUUACAAGAGUGAUAUGUGGGCUCUUGGGAUUGUUUUGUAUGAGAUGGCGUCGUUGCGGCCAGCGUUUGAUGCUCACAGUUUCAACGCCCUUGUUGUGAAGAUCUUGAAAGGAAAGUUCAACCCAAUCUCUCCCAUCUACUCCCCCGACCUUCACGAUGCAGUCCAUGCACUGUUGGACAAGGACACGUCGCUAAGGCCGGACAUCAACCAGUUCCUGAACCUGCCGAUGAUCCGAAAGAGGCUGGCUUAUUCCAACAUUAGUCACGAUAUCCUUGAGAACGAGUUUGCACAUACGGCCUUGCAUGGUUUCGAUGCGAUCAACGCUGUUUACUCCAGUAGGAAGAAUGCCAGGCCUUCGUCGUCCCCCGCUACGGCAAGUGUCUUGCUUCAUGCACUGCAAGAGAUCUGA